GAAGGAAGGAAGGAAGGAAGGAAGGAAGGAAGGAAGGAAGCAAGGAAGGCCCGCCUUGAAGUUGAAGGACUUUGCGUGAGGUGGAUUUGGUACCGGAUUCUUUCCCCUGAAGAAAGUCGUGUGUUAUCGGGACAGCGAGCGCCUCUAGCCUCGUGGAAAAUUGUGAGAGAAAGAGGGAGAUAAACCAGGGAAAACAACAUCGUCUUUUACAGCAAGAUGGCGGCUCGCAGCCUUCUCAUAUCUUCCCUGGUACUAGUGUCUGUGUUGAGCGUGGCGAGGUCUCAGUACUAUGGCAGCCAGGGCAGUCCCAGCACUUACUCCUCCCAGACCUACCAGCGUUACUACCAGCAGCAACAGCGCUACGCCGCCUAUCAGAAGAGGCUGGCCGCCUACAACGCGCAGAGAGCCGCAGCCGCCUCCAGGCAGCGAACCCCAGCCGCUCAGACUCAGACUCAAACGCAGUAUAGCCGCUACCCGCAACAGCGGCCGUCCGGGUCCCAACAGCAAGCAGCGUACCCGAAGUAUAACACAGCGGCUGCUACUCCUGCCGCGGCCUCGUCGUACAGCAGACAGGCUCCGACUGCCGCAGCAGCCAGCGGACAACAACAGCAAUACAGCCGCUAUGCCACGCAGCAACAGCAGAAAGCCUACCCACAACAGCAACAGCAGAAGAGCUACAGCCCGCAGCAGUACCAACAGUACUACCAACAACAGCAACGACAGCAGCAGUACCCGUCCACUCAGCAGAAAGCUGCGUCGUCCACCUAUCCUCAGAGGUCUACCAACUACUACCAGAACAGCGGCGGCUACCAGCCGUCUACCAGCUACCAGUACCCCAGCAGCAGCAGCAACAGUAGGUACUCCAGUGGUCAGCAGACCAACAGCAGGUACCAGCAGAACUACAACUACCCACAGACCAACGGCUACGGUGGGAGCAAGACCUACUCGCAGACAGCUGGCUCCAGAGGUGCAGCGGGCUCCAGGUAUCCCCAGGCGAAUUUCGCCCAACCUCCCCCGGCGACCACUACUCCAGAUCCUAACGUGCAGAGCUCCGCAGCACCAAUGCAGCCGCAACCGCAAACAAAACCACAACAACAACAACAACAACCACAACAGCAACAGCAACAACAACUAUUACAAAAACAAGAGCAAUUGCAAGCUUCUCAAUUACUAGCUUCUCUGCAACAAAAAAUCCGACAGAACAUGCAGUCAGUCGUUAAACCUACCCCAACGCCUCCUGCUUCCACACAAAAUACUCAACAACAACAACAGCAACAACAACAACAACAACAACAAAACACUAAUCCUACCAAAGCCUCACAACUACAAGCCACCCUCUCUCCAUCUCCUAGUCCGACUCCCGCUCCCCCCUCCGCUUCUCCCUCUCCCUCUCCUUCCUCUACCUCCUCUCCCUCCUCUCCCUCCUCUUCCUCCCCCUCCUCCUCCUCCAUUCUUCCCUCGCAACCUGCAACACGACCUGGUGCUAGUGGAGUAGACAUAGACUUGGGACACUGGGGGAAGAUCGCUUCCUCCUCCUCCUCUUCAUCAUCCUCGUCGUCACCCUCCUCUGGGAGUCCAGGCUCAGCCACAGGUCAGUUAACUCAAAGCAACCCCUUCUCAUUUCACAGUGUUACAGAGCCGUUUAAAGACUAUGCCAGCCUCAUCCUCCUCUUCCUCCUCCUCCACCACCUCUCGAAAGACACCAACAUCCCCAACAUCUCAACCAGCCACGGCGGUAUCGUCUGCUGCCGCUGUGAAAAACGGGUCAAACUUAGAAACUCUAAGGGCUCGUCAACGAGCAAUACAAGCCGCCAUAUUAGCCAGGAACAACGCCUUAAGGAGAGCAAGAAUGCAAAUGGUCAGGUUGCCAGCUGGGACGGCAAACGUACAGACGCCUGUGAUUGGUCGGAAUCCUGGAAGUGCUAUUGGGAUAGGGACUCGAACUUUUCCUCCUGGUGUUGCUACUAACAGGGCGAUGAUGGCGAGCAUGAGAGCGGCUAGACUUCAAGCAGCUUCCGGUCAGAUGGUAGGGAAUUUGGGGGUAUCACGCGGGGGAUACAAUAUCCCCACAACACCCAAUAGAAUGUUAGGAACUUUCACAGGAAUGAGAAUGCCGAAUACUGCAUCUAAUUUUACGGGAUCCACUCAAACCUCUGUAGCUCAAAGUAGUAUUAGAACUCCAAAUUCCCAAACAAGGUUAGUCUCCCCAAGCAGAACCUCUGACCUUGGUAACUCGUCCUUGAGCGCUUUUCUAGGUUUGUCUCCGACACAGCUGUCGUCUCGCGUAGGCAGUAGUGUACCCACAUCAAGUCCCAAUAGAGGUUCAGAAACGUUAGGUUCCAUUCCUGUGACAGGGACUCUUUCAGCUAGCAGUAUAAGCCCGACUGCAGUACAACAGCCUACGGGUGGCUCAACUAACGCUAGAAACCAGAUUACCUUUAGUUCUGUAAACCCAACUGGUGCUACCAGCCAAAACGCUGUAAACCCGGUGGAAACACUUUCACCAAAACCCAAUAUGGCAUCAUCUUCCGCUGCUGCUUCUGCUGCUAAAUCUCAGAGAGUAAGACAGUUGUUAGCCAGGUUAGGUCAACUGACGAGGAAAGUGCAGUCUCUCCCCGUGCGAUCUAAUGCCGCCCCAAACCCCACUUCUACUUCCCACAGCGGCUCUACACAGCAAAGUCAAAGCGGUGGUUUUCAUUCGUAUUCCUUUUUGCAAGGACAAAGUAGUGCUGCUUCGAAUUCGAGUAGUUCUUCUCAAAGACAAAGUAACCCAUCAACCUCUUAUAAUAGCGUUCCUCGAGAUUCCAGCUGGCUUCAGAC